CAUGGCUGGGACACCUUCCUAAUACCACCUGAGUGGGGGUCCAGACUCACCAGGAGUCAGAAAAGCAGGGGAGGGGCUCCCCAUGUAGGAACAACCCCUAAUCCUACAUUUCCAACAUAGCCUGUUUUACAGUAAGGCUUACAGGUUUCACUACUCCAGCGGACAAUAUGGUGAACUAAAGAGAAGUCUUGUUACAAAACGGUAUUGACUUGGGAGGACACAGGCUCCAGUAAAGAUAUCAGGGGCACUGAGGUCACUGUAGGACCACUAACAUGUAAGUAACAACCGAAGAACACGCAAAGGAAGAGAAAGGAAAGAAAACAGGAACCAGAGAACAGAAAAGACAGAGUCAUUAGUAGGAGUCAGGAGGCCAGGAAGUACGGCGAGUUCAAGAGAACUACUGCUUGCAACGACAGGUCGUUGUGUCCAACACCAGACCUUCCUUCAUUCCAGAACAACCAAGGCCCACCACAGUUCCCAGAACCUGGUUGUUUGUGAUGCGGGACGGAGGCCCGAAACAAGUAGACGCAGUAACACCCUCGCCCACCAGCCACCACCGCCGGAAAUAAAGGACCUAGCCCUUCGGCUAACUAAGACACUUAACCUCCGCCCCUAAAGUGCGAGCAUGCGCGCAUGCGCAGCCCUCAAUCACGGCCCCUCCCAGCGCAGGCCCACCCCCGUCAAGGAGCAUGCGCAGACUACUCGCCGUCCCGCCCCUCCCUUUCCAGAGCUCCCGGUUCCUUAGAAACCAGGCGGCGCGUUCCCGGUGGCUGCGCUUUAGAUUCCGGGGCCCGCGCGUCCCCGCCAGCCUACCUCUUGGCGGGCGGGUGGUGGUCGAGACCGGUCCGGACCCAUGGUCUCUGGUACAGCGCGGGACGGGCGAUGCCAGCAUGCCAGGUAUUGGGAAGAAUGUGGUUUGUGAGAAGGCAGCAACUUCGGUGGAUGCAUUCCGGAUGGUGACAGCCUCGCGCUACUACCCACAGCUGAUGAGUCUGGUGGGGAAUGUGCUGCGCUUUCUGCCUGCCUUUGUGCGCAUGAAGCAGCUGAUAGCGGAGCACUACGUGGGCGCGGUAAUGAUCUGCGAUGCGCGCAUCUACUCAGGCAGCCUGCUCAGCCCCAACUAUGGCUGGAUCUGCGACGAGCUUAUGGGUGGUGGGGGCCUACACACCAUGGGCACCUACAUCGUGGACCUGCUGACCCACCUGACUGGCCGGAGAGCUGAGAAGGUGCAUGGGCUGCUCAAGACCUUUGUGAGGCAGAAUGCAGCCAUCCGUGGCAUCCGACAUGUCACCAGUGAUGACUUCUGCUUCUUCCAGAUGCUCAUGGGUGGAGGCGUGUGCAGCACGGUAACACUUAACUUCAACAUGCCAGGUGCCUUUGUGCACGAGGUCAUGGUGGUGGGCUCUGCAGGGCGCCUUGUUGCCAGAGGAGCUGACCUGUAUGGGCAAAAGAACUCUGCCACACAAGAGGAGCUGCUCCUGAGGGACUCACUGGCUGUGGGUGCAGGGCUGCCCGAGCAGGGGCCCCAGGAUGUUCCACUGCUCUACCUGAAGGGCAUGGUCUACAUGGUGCAGGCCCUGCGCCAGUCCUUCCAGGGGCAGGGGGACCGCCGCACAUGGGACCACAUCCCUGUUUCCAUGGCCGCCUCGUUCGAGGAUGGGCUGUACAUGCAGAGUGUGGUGGAUGCCAUCAAAAGGUCGAGCAGAUCUGGGGAGUGGGAGGCCGUGGAGGUGAUGACGGAAGAACCUGAUGCCAACCAGAACCUAUGCGAAGCUCUCCAACGGAAUAACCUGUGAGCCUGCACGUGGGCUCCCUGCCAUGGGGCAGAAGGGAUGGGAAGGGACCAGAAGGAUGAGACAGGAGGUCUUGGCCAUUGCAUACAUAGUGUAUUUCAUUUCAUGAGUCAACUUGGGCAGGGUCCAGGUGAAGCCCCAGGUGGCCUUGGGGAAACACCCCCUCCAAUGCUCAGACUUGGAGGGUGGUGGUAUAGCUGAGGGCUAGCAGCUCCCACAGUGUAGCCAAGUAGAGCUGCCCCCAGGUCUCUGCAUAGUCAUGCUGGUGAGCAGAGCCAGCAAAAGCUUGACUUGGAGGCUGCUUCAGCCUAUUUGUGGCCAUAACUAGGUGAGAAAGCACAGCAAGGACCCAGCUUGGCUGAUUCCUCAGGCCUGAGGGAAAACGACAAGCCUUGUUUUCAUGCCCUUCCUGGGCUAGAGCAUCUCAGGAAUGGUGAGGGCAGCAAGCCAUCCCUCAGGGAUCCGUACCUGCCCUCCUUCCCAUAUGCCCAGGCUGCCCCUUCCCUGGCAGGAGGGAGUGGGUUCUUCAUUGGGUGAGCUCUCAGGGGCUAUUGACCUGGGGCAAAGGGUCCCUGAUUUGGUGGAGAGGAGACAGGGAGAGUUCUGGAAUAUCUGAUAAAUAUUAAUAAAUGAGAAAGUCUGACACUAUGGC